CUUCUAGAAAAGGUAUUCCAGACUUUCGAAGGACGAGUUGUUGUUAUGCGUGGCAAUCAAAUCUUCGGCUACAGGUGGAACAGUGUCUCAUCGGUACAGAAAUGAACCAGUCUCACAAUUCGGACAACGCUAACGGAAUACAACAUCACCAAAAUAUACCCCUAACCAACAGUUUACGAAAAUGGGCCGACAGUUUCGGUGUCACUUUGGAAAGCUCGGAAUUCGCUGCUCAAAUGGAUUCAGUUGACCCGCUUCGAGAAUUCCGAAGCAAUUUCACUUUUCCUACCAUGAAAGAUUUACCUUGUGUGGAUCUCUCGUUAAUCGAAAACCCGGACGAAGAAUGCAUUUACCUGUGUGGCAAUUCUCUUGGGCUCAAACCCAAACGCGCCGAUGGUUACCAACAAGAAGUUUUAAACUGUUGGGCUAAAUUAGGUGUUUUCACGCACUUUACUGGUCGCUUCCCCGCUGCCAAAUGCGAUUUACUUGUCAAAGAUUCGCUGGUGAAACUCGUAGGCGCCGAGAACACGGCCGAAGUAGUUUGCAUGAACGGUCUCACUGUCAACAUUCAUCUGCUUUUAAUUUCUUUCUACCGACCGACAGCCACCCGUUACAAGAUCAUGAUUGAAGGACACGCUUUUCCGUCCGAUCGAUACGCCGUUGUAUCGCAGCUGAAUUUGCAUGGUUAUACGGAAGAGGAUGGACUAAUUAUUCUACAAACUAGACCCGGUGAGCACCUUCUCCGCACUGAAGAUAUUUUAGAAUCCAUCGCAAAACACGGAGAACAGAUUGCCGUCAUCUUCUUAUCGGGCGUUCAUUACUAUACAGGACAGAAGUUCGACAUCGAGACAAUCACAAAGAGCGGCCAAGCUCAAGGUUGUCUGGUCGGAUGGGAUUUGGCUCACGCUGUCGGCAAUGUCGAGCUGAAGAUUCACGAUUGGAACGUGGAUUUCGCUUGCUGGUGCACAUAUAAAUAUUUAAAUUCAGGAGCGGGAGGCAUUGCUGGAGCUUUCAUUCACCAAAAACAUCAUCAUGACAAUCGUCCCAAGUUUUGCGGAUGGUGGAGCAACCGCGAAGACACGCGAUUUGAAAUGCAGCACAGUGUCGAUGCGGCUGCUGGUGCUGACUCUUAUCGUUUGUGUAACCCUCCACCAGCCCUCGUUGCAUUACACAAAGCUGGUCUUGAGAUCUUUGAGGAAGCAGGGAUGGAUCGUUUGUUGGCUAAACAAUAUUUGCUAACUGGCUAUCUGGAACAUUUAAUGGAUCACCUGGCUCUGACUGAUGCAGGAGAGGAUAAAUUCGUCGAGAUUAUAACCCCACGCGAUCCACGACAAAGAGGCACUCAGUUGUCGGUCAUGUUUCCAUUUUCAGUGAAAGAUAUUCACGAGAGAUUAGAAAAAAGAGGAGUCGUGUGCGAUGUACGUCUUCCAAGCGUCAUGCGUUUGGCUCCAACGGCUUCGUACAACACGUUCACGGAUGUUUAUCGAUUUUUUACGGUACUCAAGCAGGUGAUGAUAGAGUGCAAGAUGUAAAGCCAGUGACGUUACUUCGCUUGAUUGACAACCAUGGCAACUAAUAUUUUAGCCUGGGCUUUCUUUGAA